AGAUACAACUAGGUCCCUUCCUCAUAAUUAUAAUAAGAUUCAUACAAUAACUGGUAUCACGUUUAUUUAUGUUAUAUUUUUGUAUAAUAUGUAACGGGAUAUAUACAAGUUAUUUAGCAACACUAAAUUUGUUGACAAAAAAAACACUAAAUAAAUGUCCCUACAAAAGCAUUUUGUAUUUGGAAAAGAUAUGGACGGAGGCACAACAUGUACACGAGGACUCAUGGCAUUGGCUAGGCACUUUCUGGGUCCCAAACUCCGCAUCUCAUUUUACCACCCCAUUUAAGAGAUAGAGAAUGAACUUUCCAAAACCAACAACUAAAUGCUCUUUAAAAUAUUUAGUUCUUAUAGCCCCCCACUAACUAAGUAGCACUAAAGCUAUAUAUAAACACCAAUUUCAAUCACCCAAGGGAAUAAACACAGAGCAAAACAUCACAAGAGAAACCAACGCUAAGCUAAAAGAGAAUAAAGAUGUAUUCUGAAGUCUUCCAAGAACAUUUCAUCUCCAGAAAGUUGCUUCAGCAACUGCCAUUUGAUCACAACAUGCACCAACAAGAAGCUCAUGUACCUGACAAGAACAACUUGAGCGGCAACGUUCUCAUGGUUCUAUCUAUCCUUGUCUGCGGUAUCAUCGGCUCCCUCGGGUUGCAUUACGUAAUCGGUUGCAUAUUCAGACGUUCCUCGAGUUUCAUGAUCGCUGAUCCCAUCUCUAGCCCGUCAACACCACGUGGCUCAGCAACAGCAAACAAAGGGAUCAAGAAGAAAGCUCUCAAGAUGUUCCCGGUAAUAAAAUACUCACCUGAGAUGAACCUCUCAGGGCUCGGUGAGGAGUGUGUCAUUUGCUUGUCUGAUUUCGUAGCUGGAGAACAGGUACGGCUGCUUCCAAAGUGUAAUCAUGGCUUCCACGUUCGCUGCAUCGACAAGUGGCUUAAGCAGCAUGUGACUUGUCCGAAAUGCAGACACUCCUUGGUUGAGACAUGCCAAAAGAUCUUAGGAGAUGAAGCUGAUCAGGUUGUAGCAACACCAACGGAGAGGAUAUAUGUCAUGAUUGCUCCUCUUGAACGUGAAGCAAGAGUAAACACUUAUAGAGAAAACAGCUAGAAUACGCCAACAAAAAAAUUAGAUUUGAACACAGUUUAUGUUCCUAGACAAUAGGAUUCCAAAGUCAAGAUACAAUGGAGCUUUUUCUUUUUUAUUUUUUCUUGAAACCCAAAAUGCAAAGAGGAUUUAUCUUAAGCUUCCCGUGGCAUCAUAAGUUCAUCAACAUUUAAAUUA